UACGUUUUUUUUUAAUUUUUUGUGGGGGGUUGGGUCUGUUGGUUUCACUGCAAAAUUUAACUACCUGUAAAAUCUAAACAUGGCUGUUAGUGUCACACCGAUUCGGGACACAAAAUGGCUAACACUGGAAGUAUGUAGAGAGUUCCAAAGGGGAACUUGCUCACGGCCAGACACGGAAUGUAAAUUUGCACAUCCUUCGAAAAGCUGCCAAGUUGAAAAUGGACGAGUAAUCGCCUGCUUUGAUUCAUUGAAAGGUCGUUGCUCCAGGGAGAACUGCAAAUAUCUUCAUCCACCCCCACACUUAAAAACGCAAUUGGAGAUAAAUGGGCGCAAUAACUUGAUUCAGCAGAAGAACAUGGCCAUGUUGGCCCAGCAAAUGCAACUAGCCAAUGCCAUGAUGCCCGGUGCCCCAUUACAACCUGUGCCAAUGUUUUCAGUUGCACCAAGCUUAGCCACCAAUGCAUCAGCAGCCUUUAAUCCCUACCUGGGACCUGUUUCCCCAAGCCUGGUUCCAGCAGAGAUCUUGCCGACCGCACCAAUGUUGGUCACAGGGAAUCCUGGGGUCCCCGUGCCUGCGGCUGCUGCGGCUGCUGCACAGAAAUUAAUGCGGACAGACAGACUUGAGGUAUGUCGAGAGUACCAGCGUGGCAACUGCAACAGAGGAGAAAACGACUGUCGGUUUGCUCACCCCGCUGACAGCACGAUGAUUGACACCAAUGACAACACAGUGACCGUGUGUAUGGAUUACAUCAAAGGGAGAUGCUCACGGGAAAAGUGCAAAUACUUUCAUCCUCCCGCACAUCUGCAAGCCAAGAUCAAGGCUGCCCAAUACCAGGUCAACCAGGCUGCAGCCGCUCAGGCGGCAGCCACCGCAGCUGCCAUGACUCAGUCGGCUGUCAAAUCACUGAAGCGACCCCUCGAGGCAACCUUUGACCUGGGAAUUCCUCAAGCUGUACUUCCCCCAUUACCAAAGAGGCCUGCUCUUGAAAAAACCAACGGUGCCACCGCAGUGUUUAACACUGGUAUUUUCCAAUACCAACAGGCUCUAGCCAACAUGCAGUUGCAACAACAUACGGCAUUUCUCCCACCAGGCUCAAUAUUGUGCAUGACACCCGCUACAAGUGUUGUUCCCAUGGUGCACGGUGCUACGCCAGCCACUGUGUCCGCAGCAACAACAUCUGCCACAAGUGUUCCCUUCGCUGCAACAGCCACAGCCAACCAGAUACCCAUAAUAUCUGCCGAACAUCUGACUAGCCACAAGUAUGUUACCCAGAUGUAGAAUUUUCAUCACUAAACAAUCAUACUACAGAGGAAAGGACGGUGUGCUUGGUUCGCGUCAAGGACGAGGUCAUUAGCCAUAUUGUAUAUACCGUCAAGCAACGCCCCCCAAACCCCUCAGCCACAAGAGACCCACAUCUUGCAUGUUAGCCAGAAGAAGAGACAACAUGGAAAUCCACUGCACACUGUUGCCUAUACACUCUGUACAUUUAAUUGAUAUUUGUGCUGAGGUGAUAUUCCUGUCUAAAAGAAGAACAACAUCGUCUUUCUUUUCUAGCACAGAGUUAUGCAUUAAGAGAUGCAUACCUAAUUAGUUUCCUAUAUAUUCAUGCCAUCUUGAAAAGACAGACUGUGGUGUAACCAUGAUUCUAUUAUGUAUUGGUACGUCUGUAGACCAAGGUAUAAUUUUUUAAAAAUAAGUUUAUUUCUUUCAAGGUUUACAAAUAACAAAGGUGCACCUUGUAUUUAAAAUUGCCAUUAUAGACGAGAGCGUGCAUGCACAGUCAUUUUUGUUUAAGAGUAAUAUUUUUAAUGUAAUAGAUUUUAAGACGUGGUGAGGGAGGGAUCUGACAGAGAUGAAUGUGCCAAGCAAAGCCACAACUGUGUAUCCUUUAAAGCACAUCAUGGCUUUAAGUACCAUGUUGUUAAGGGUUCUCAUGAAGUGCCAUAGACUGUACAUCAAAUUAGAGUAUUAUUUCUUCAGUGUUACUGUUUUCAGAGCCACAUUUUGUUGCUUAUUUGCUAGUACUAAUCAGUCAAAGGGCACCAUUCUUUUUUUUUUUCUUUUUUUUUUUUUUUUUUGUUUUUGGAAACCAAAGCUGUCUCAGAAAUGGCCAAUUUAACUCUACAGCAACAAUAGACAGCACAACACAGACUCUCUCGAUACAGAUAAACUCACACAUACUGGAGAUAUAUAUAAUAGAUAUAUAGAGAAAAUUAUUUUAAUGCAUUGUAGUGUAAUAUUUAUGCAUACUAUACUGUGUAACAUGUUAUUCAAAAGGGAUAUGCCAUUUCUGAGACACGAUAACAACAAAAAAUGUUUGAGGAAAUUAUUUUGCUUCUAUUUAUAGCUCUGUCGAAAGUCGAACGACUAUAAAUGCUUUGCAAAAAUGGUUUCACAUUUGUUUAAAUGCUUCAUCACAGUCACGUUUAAAAUAGUGACUCUAAACAAAGAAGAAAGCAGCACUGUCAUCAGAUGCAUGAUAAACCAAAAUAUGAAAAUGGGAAAUGUUUAAUUAACCUAGUAAUUGGGUGGGUUAAGUACUUGGGUGAAUUUUAUAUGUGAUUUGUUUUGUUUUGUUUUGUUCAGAUUAACUGCUUAUAGCCUUAGAAAGCCUUUUACAAAAUUAAAAAAAAAUAGAUGUGCAUUCAGUUUUUAAGAAUGGAUUCAUCCAAAGGAAUUCCUUUUUUGUGGUUUGGAUGUUGCAGCUAGUAAAGGAUAUUUUUGCUCUGAUCGGCAGUUCUAAAAAUUGCCGACGUCGGGGCCAGGUCACUGGUAGUUCUAGUGUGGAAUGGGAGAAGCGAAAGUUCAGUUAUAGAACUUUCCAUACUUCCAAGUUUACUGCAAGUUUUUAUGCUUGAGAGAGAUGCUUUCUAAUAUAAGACUGAUGUGUUGAUUUUACUGAUUGUACUGUACAUCUAUUAAAGCCUUAGAUUAUUACAUUACGGGUUGGAACCCAUACCAAUGUAAUUUCAAUCAUGUUAAGAGAGUAAUGGUGACUUCACAUGUUAUUGUAGUUAGUUACAUUAUAGAAUAUUACUUAUUUUUCUUGUUAAAAUGUAGUUUUUCAUUUCCUACAUUUAUUAGAUUUCAUUUUCUAUUAACAAUUGAAUACCAUUUCAGUUUAUAGACUCUUGUUUUAUUAGAUUUUACCGAUGAAUUUUUCAAAAUACAAAAAAAAAUUAAAGUAGUUUUUCCUUCAUAACAUACUCAGUUUUGAAUUACAUGUAGUGUCAUACGAAUAUUCGUAUUAUUGUUAACUAAAUGAUUUAUAUUUUACUGAUUUAAUAUUAAAGUGUAAGAAUGUCAGUCAUUGUUAGUUCUUGUCUAGUUUUCAUUAAAAGAACAAAGAUCUUUUAUAUGGAUAUCUUAUAAAUAUAUAAUCAUUGCUAAGUAAGAAGUUAAGUUGUUGCUAUCGCAACAAUCCUGGCAGACAAUUGAGUAAUAUUUUGAUGAUUUAUUUUGUUUGUAAUUAGUUAUUAUAAGAAGAUCUAGAUCCUAGAUAUUAGAAUAAAAUUUAUUUUCUACUGUAUCCAUUUCAAAUGUUAAAGUAUUGUUUAAUAUUUUUGAAAUCCCUGAAUAUCAGGCCUUGUUAUAAAUAAGCUGCAUAAUCAAUAAAUAGAACAAGGGACUUUUUGUUGAUAAUCCAAAUACUCAAAGUUUACGUAAUGAGAAUUAUAGCGUGUGUGCAAACUCUUGAGGGUUGAUUAUGCUGCAGUUUAGCAUGUUGGAAGGUCUAGAGAGAAGGUUGACUUUUUGCACUUCUGUAUAUAGUCAAAAGAGAGAAACCUGUAUAAUAGUAAGAUCUUAUUUUGAAUAAAAACGUCUAUAAUUACAAGGAGUUUUGUUAAGGCUAAUAAAAUGACAGACUGAGCAAAAUUGCUUGCAAAAGUGGUACAGAGUUAGCACUCCAUACCCCUUCAAACAUGUUGCUUUGCUUUACUCUGGACAGCUUGUAGUUUGCCAGGAUUUUUUCAGCUGGAAAGAUAUGCCAUCCUUCCGAGAUCUCAUGACUGACAAAAACUCCAUUGGGCCCAAUCUGCCUGAAGGUCAUUACCAAAACUAGCAGGUACUUCAACCAUUAAGGUGAAAUCAUGGAUCAAAUAUUCCUUACAUUUUUCAAAACUACUGCAUGUUUAAAACUUCAACAAAAAAAAAAAGAGAGAAAGAACUAUACUAAGGACAUAUAUUAUACAAAUCGGUUUCUGCCAAUUUCAGUGGUUUAUUGUUCACACACACACACAAAAAAAAUCUUCAAAACAAGUAUUGACUCUCACAAAAUUUAAACCAUAAACAGGCAAACCAAACAGCACACCGUAGCUAUAGUUGUUAUGUGAUUGUUUUUUAAUUGCCGUAGGAUCCUGUUCUUUCAGCAGGUGAAAAAAAAUAAAACACAGUUCAAAUUUCACGGUUUUAAUUUUCAACUCAGAAGCACUCAAAAAGGCAAAUGUGAUCACGGGCACUUGUUGAAUGAACUCGUGUGUCCAGCCUUCACUCCCGCUGGCUGCGCUCGUGAGCAGCCUGCUGCUUUCACCUGCUGGAAGGACAGAUGUGCUUGGUUUUACUAUUACGUAAUCACAACUUACUUUCUGCUUGUAGUUGCUUAAAAUUAUGUAUUUUGUCUUGGGCUGCAAUUUGUUUUAUGCUUAUUUUAUUAUUACUGCGGUAGUUGACUUUGCUGUAUGGAAAAAUAAAGUGAAAUUGCCCUAAUAAAACUUCUCUUUCUUAAGUAUA